AGGGCGAGGGGGGGGGGGGGUUGCGGCUGCGCAAGCGCAGUCGAUGGGAGCAGCGGUUGGGGGAGGGGAGCGGCGGCGCCGGCGGCUCGUGCUCGCUUCUCCCCUCGGUCGUGUUGCGCGGCGAAAGGGCGGAAGGAGGCGGCCGUCGUCUUGGUCGUCGUCUGGCGGCCACAGUGGCUGCCGCAGUUGGAGCAAGCCGUGCUCCCCAUUUUCCUCUCCGUGUGGCGCGGCUCUUAGGCCCGGGAGGACGGACCCCCCCCUCGCCCUCUCCCCCCCUCUCCGCCCUGGGCGGCGGCGGCGGCGGCGGCGGCGAGGAGGAGCACCUCGGGGGAGGAGGGACCAGUACAAAAUGUCAAAAAUUAGAAGGAAGGUCACAGUGGAAAAUACCAAGACCAUAUCUGAUAGCACAUCCAGAAGACCCAGUGUAUUUGAAAGACUUGGACCCAGCACUGGAAGUACUGCAGAGACACAGUGCCGUAACUGGUUGAAGACUGGCAACUGCCUCUAUGGGAACACAUGUAGAUUCGUACAUGGCCCUUCACCACGAGGUAAAGGCUUUAGCAGCAGUUACAGAAGGUCACCAGAAAGGCCUACAGGGGACCUUCGGGAGAGAAUGAAGAAUAAGCGUCAAGACAUUGAAAGUGAAGCACAGAAACAUAAUACAGAAGAACAACCCUCUCCUGUUAGGAAAGAAUCAUCAAGAGGGAGGCACAGGGGGAAGGAAGAUAUUAAAAUUACCAAGGAAAGGACUCCAGAAAGUGAAGAAGAAAAUCCCGAUUGGGAAACCAAUAGAGAGGAUUCUGAUAAUGGAGACGUAAACUAUGAUUAUGACCAUGAACUUUCUUUGGAAAUGAAGCGCCAGAAGAUCCAGCGAGAGUUAAUGAAGCUUGAAGAAGAAAACAUGGAGAAAAGGGAAGAAAUAGUAAUUAAAAAGGAGAUUUCUCCAGAAGCAAUUGCUUCAAAAUUAUCUUCCUCGCCUUCUCCAAGAAAAUCCAGUAAAUCACCAAAACUACGGUCAAGCCCCAAAUCUUCCUCUUCUAUGGCUAAGAGGGAAAAGAAGACUUCUGCAGUUGCUUCACCCCUCUUGGACCAACAGCGGAGUUCAAAAAGCAACCACAAUAAAAAGAAAGGUCCGCGUACACCUAGCCCUCCACCACCAGUGCAAGAAGAGACUGCACAAGGAAAAAAACAUAAAGAAAAGCAUAAAGCCAAAGAGCGGUUAGAAGAGAAACCAAGGGAGGUUAAAGAGAGAGGCCGUGACUUUGAAAGACAUAAUAAAGAAAAGAAAGAGAAACAGAGAGACCCUUCAGAAGGUUCCCAUAGGCAGAGACGGUCACCUAGUCCAGAAGAACAUUCUGGUAGCAAUUCUUCUCCAUCAAGAGAAUAUUCUCCUACUACAAGGAGAAGGCAAACAUCUUGGGCUCCAGCCAAGUCCAACAGCCAUAAACGUUCUUUCUCUCCAACCUGCAGGUCUAGUUCCCCACCAACUCAGCAUCAUUCUCCUGUAUCCUCAAGACAUCAUUCUUCCUCGUCUCAGUCAGGUUCUUCUAUUCAAAGACACUCCCCUUCACCACGUCACAAAAGAACUCCUUCACCCUCUUAUAAAAGGACAGCUUCCCCAGCUGUAGGCCGUUCAUCCUCUCCCUAUCCUCACCGAGCAUCACCUUCUCCUCAGCAAAAGCAAACCCCUUCAAGGCAUCGUUCACCAGUCAGAGAAAGAAGCCGGCAUGAUCGUGAACGGAUUUCACAGUCUCAUGAUCGACGUCAUGAAAGGAGGGAUGAGCCUAGAGGAAAGAGGGGAAGAGAGAGAGACAACAGAGAGGAACGUGACUAUGACCAAGAACAGAGCACUCCCAGAGAUCACCGAGAUGAUAGAGAAUCUCGGGAUGGGCGGGAUCGAAGGGAGACCAGAGAUAACAGAGAACGCAGAGAUCUAAGAGAAUCUCGGGACACUCGGGACUCAAGAGACACACGCGACUGUAGCAGAGAUAAUAAGGAAAGCCGUGAUCAGAGGGACUUGCGUUCUGCACGAGACACACACGAUUACAGAGACAGAGAGUGUCGAGAGACCCAUAAAAAGGAGGAGCAAUAUUUGGAGGAAGCACGUAGCUAUGGAAGAACCCAUGGCAGAGAAGAGAGCUCUCGUGCCGAAACAAGGACAGAUUCAAGAAGUGAAUCCAGGAGUGAAUCCAGAAAUGAAUCCAGAAGUGCUGGCAGAAGUAGAGGGAGAGGUCCUGAAUUAUCAGACAAGGGUACAAUUGGUAGUCGAACAAGAGGAUCUCAGGCUGAUAGUCACAACACUAGUAGCAGCUACCAUGACAGCUGGGAAUCGCGGAGCAGUUAUCCGGACAGAGAUCGCUAUGAAAGCCGGGAACAUGCAAGGGAUUCUUCCUUUGAAAGAAGACAUGGAGAAAGGGACAAGCGUGACAACAGGGAGAGGGAUCAGAGACCGAGCUCACCAAUACGACACCAGGGAAGAAACGAUGACCUUGAACGUGAUGAAAGACUAGAAGAACGAAGGGUAGAUCGAGGGGAAGAUAGAAGAGAUGAGAGACCCAGGGAGCGGGAAAGAGAGCGGGAAAGAGAGAGAGAAGCUGAACGUGAUCGUGCCCGUGAACGAGAACGAGAACGUGAGAGAGAGAGGGAUAAGGAGAGAGAGCGUGAACGUGACAGGGAACAUGAGAGGGAGCGUGAACGGGAGAGAGAACGAGAACGUGAACGCGAGAGGGAACGGGAGCGUGAACGCGAGAGGGGGCGGGAAAGAGAGAAGGAAAGAGAACGUCAGAGAGAUUGGGAUGACAAAGACCGAGGAAGAGAAGAGCGCAGGGACAAGAGAGAAGACGUUCGGGAAGAAAGAAGCACCAGAGAUAGCCGGGAAGAGAGGAAGUCAAAAAAACGUCACAGAAAUGAAAGUAGUCCCAGCCCUCGUAAAUCGCCCAAGCGUCGUCGUGAGCAUUCUCCUGAAAGUGAUGCCUACAGUGGAGAUGAUCAAAAUGAAAAACGCAGAUUAUUGAGUCAAGUUGUGCGACCUCAAGAAUCACGCUCUCUUAGUCCUACGCACCUUUCAGAAGACAAGCAGAGCCGAUGGAAAGAGGAGCGAAAGCCAGAGAGAAAGGACAGCUCCAGACACUAUGAAGAAGGUGACUUCAAAGAGCGUGGCUCUUCCGGAGACAAACAGCGGGAACAGAGAGAACAACGAGAAAUUGUUGAAAGUUCAAGGAGCAGGGUCCAAGAGAAUGUAGGUAAUCGGCCUUCUGAGGAACGAGAAGCAGCUGAUCAUGUACAUGAGGAUAAGAAGAAAGCUAAAGUUCAAAAAAAGACGGCAAAGAAAAAGAAAGAUGAGGACAUUGGGUUAGAUCGCUACAUCAGUGAGCCGAGCACCGAGAAAACCCAAGUUUUUUCUCCCAAGAAAGGUCCAAAGAAGAAAAAUGCUGAGAAGAAGCGCAAGAGGUCCAAAGGAGAUUCUGAGGCUUCCGAUGAAGACAGUGGGCCACAUCAGAAAAAGAAAAAAGGCCCAAGGACACCACCUGUAACCACAAGAGAGGAGCUGGUAGAGGUGGUGCCUGAGAAGUCUGUUGUGGUAGCAGCUGCCCCCAAACGAGAGGACACAACCUUUAGUGACUGGUCAGAUGAAGACGUUCCAGAGCGUGGAGAAACUGUUCUGGAGAGAACUUCUGAGGAGCCUCACAGAAACAGUCACCGCACAAGGAUUGAAAAUGUGGAAACUUCUCAUGUUGUUGAAGAAACACCUCACCUCAAACCUGCUGAACAGAAACGCAGCAGCAGUCUUUGCAGCAAUCGAAGCCAUACCUCAAGUAGACUCCGGUCACCUUCCAACGAUUCUGCUCACCGUAGUGGAGAUGACCAGACUGCUGGUAUGAAGAAGAUCCUGUAUAGCAGCUCUAGCGACAGAGAGAGAAGAUGCCUAGAAAUCGCUGGAGAGCGGAAGUCGAGAAUUGAUCAGCUGAAACGAGGGGUUCCUAGCCGCAGCACAUCCUCAGAUCGCCAGGAUUCAAGAAGCCACAGCUCAAGGCGAAGUUCCCCUGAAUCGGAUCGUCAAGGUCAUUCCAGAUCUGGGUCCUUUGAUAGCAGGGAGAGAGUGCAGGACAGAGACAGACACGAACAUGAUCGUGAACGAGACAGAGAGCGACGAGAUGGGAGGCAGAGAGAUUGGGACAGAGAUGCACCCAAAGACUGGUUAAGGAGCAGAGAGCGGGACAGAAUUCGGGAACGAGACAGACAGCGGGAAAAACGAAGGGACAUGGACCGUGAAAAAGAGAGAAUACUUCCUGAGAAUUCCGAAAGAGACAGAGGUCUUGGUUCUUCCUCUCAAACAGAGUUAUCUAAGCACAGUGAAACAAAACCAGGUAAAGAGCACCAGGAGUUUGAGGGAAUCUGUCUGGACUCUACCUCCCUGGAGAAAGAGAGACUGGAUAAAGACUUGGGAUCUUUACAAGGAUUUGAAGAUGGAAUCGAAGCUGAGAAAGUAGAAAACAUAGAAGGUGGAGAAGAUGAAGCCAAGAUAGAUGACAUGCAGUCAAUGGGAUCUGGUGCUGGAGAAUAUGAACCAAUCAGUGAUGAUGAACUGGAUGAAAUUUUGGCAGGUGAUGCUGAAAAGAGGGAGGAUCAGCAGGAUGAGGAGAAGAUGCCAGAUCCUGUAGAUGUAAUAGAUGUAGACUGGUCUAGUCUUAUGCCAAAGCAGCCGAAAGAGCCACGGGAGCCUGGAGCUGCCCUCUUGAAAUUUACUCCGGGUGCUGUUAUGUUGCGAGUUGGCAUUUCUAAACAACUGGCUGGCCCUUCACUUUUCACCAAAAUUAAAGAGACUUGCCAGAGAGCAGUGGAGAAACCUAAAGAUGCAGAGAAUCUCUUUGAACAUGAAUUUGGGGCCUUGAACAUGGCUGCCUUACUGCGGAAAGAAGAACGAGCUGGCCUGCUGUGUAAUCUUGGUCCUUGUUGCAAGGCCCUAUGCUUUAGGAGAGAUUCUGCAGUCCGCAAGCAGCUGGUGAAGAAUGAAAAGGGCACAACCAAACAGACCUACACAAAUUCUCCAGUGGUGGACAAUGACUUACUGCGGUUGAGUCUACAGUUGUUUAAACGCAAGACUAUGCGCCAAGGUUCUGGACAAGAAAAGACAGAGGACACUAAAAUUUCACAACCAUAUAUUCCAGAAAUAUGUAUGUCCUGAACCACUGUCUCCUGAGCCACGCCCUGUAGUUUUGUCCCGGUUUCAUGAUAUUGAUGUUUCCAUCUUUGGUCGCUUUCGAGUAUAGCAAUAGUACUGCUGGAAGACGAAAAUACUUUUCAUAUUUGUGUGCAUUAUGUAGUUCCUUAUAACAAGGAAAGUAUUAGUACAAACAUUUAGACUCUUCUGUUUAAUUCCCUGCAUGUUUUAGAACAGCGUUCUAACCACAGAUCUUAUUUAAUGACUCACUUGUAUUUAAGAGCGUGAAGAUGUCCAUUUUUUGGAGACCUGUUUUACCACCUGCUAUUAAAUUUUUAAGAAGAAAACAUUUCUGGGUUCUUUUUCCCCCAUGCUUUUAAAAAUGUGUUUGUAAGAUUCUUCUGUAAAAAUUUACUUAUCAAAAAGGUUUUACACUUAGCACUAAGUUACAUUUCAGGUGGUCUCUACCUCAUCAAGAAUAUUCCAAUGGGGAAAAACAGUGCAUGCUAAAGUUUAGUUUUAUGGAUGUGUGAUGUGAAUGUUGUUUUUAAACUUUUAUUUUCAAACGAAUAUGCUGAGGCUCCAACCAAAGUCCCUGUGAAAUGAGCAGAAAUCAGUCCUCUUCAUUUUUACUUGGAAUCUGUUACUAAUUAUAACCAUGGUUUAAAACACGACAACAGAUGUUGCAUGCACCGAUUUGUUUUUAAUAGAUGCCGCAUGAUUGCUUUUGAGUUUAAUACGUUGAACUAUAACAAACAGUCCUGACUGCAAGCACUUAUUUGACCAAGGUGAUUCCUUUUUUUGGCUGGUAGAAGACAGAUAUUCCAGAAUGGGAACUGGGUGGUGUGAUGUACAGUCCUGUCCCUUGGAAUACUACAGAUUAACCUGGAAGUAGUGAUUCUCACAAAAUGACUUUUUUCGUUCAAAAGGAACCUGUUGUAAGUUAACAUAUUUAGACUGUUUUGCAGGGAUUUUGAAGGGUGCAGAACACCUUCCAUUUAAAUAAACGGAAAUGUUCAUA